AUGCAGAUAAUCGCGAUAGUAUUCAAGGAUAGAAUCGUUGUUUAUAACCUCCUGAAGGAGGUUGGAAGCCCGAGUCUUCUUAGUCCCCUCGGAAGCCAUCUUCUGAUCAACUUGAAGGAGGCAGGCGAACUGGGAGUGAACGAAGGAACGAAUUACAGAUCGAGGAUGACAAGUAACAUCGAGUUCGCCAAAGGAACUCCGGCGGCAGGCUCGAAUAGUGGAGGAACGUCGAGUGUCUGA